UUUUGGGUCUGGGCUCCCGCAGCCGUGCACUUCCCUGCACGCUUCCCAGCUCCGGUCUGCAGGGCGGACCUGCUUCCCGUCGUGGGCCCGGAACCAGGGGUGACCGUCGCGGUGAGCUGCAGCCCACGCCCAGUGCCGUCCCCACUGCCUGGAGCCAUGGCAUCCACCUUCGAGGACGUGGUCAAGAGAGUGGUCCGGGAGCUGGACCACGGCGGCAAGCUGAUCCCCGUGGACAGCCUGCAGAGCUCCGCCGGCUUCCAGCCCUACUGCUUGUUGCGCAGGAAGCUCCCAAUGUCGCGAUUCCAGAAAGCCCGCUACACGGGCCUCAACCUGUCCAUCAGGGACAUUCUGGAGCCUGGCGCCCCAGAACCAGACGUGAAACAAAGCACGCCCAUCCGCGUCUUCGACUGCACGGACGGGGAGGCACAGGGCGGCGGGGAGCUGGAAGCCGCGGGACAGGGGAGGCUUGCGGGCCAGGCGUCGGUGUCCGAGUACCUCAGGAUCUCAAUGAAAGUGUGCACACGGCAAGUGGACCCCAACGUCUGGGACGCCAUGAAGCGAGAGAGGCGCCUGCGGCAGCCGGAGCACAAAGUCCUGGGGCAGCUGCGCAACUGCAAGAGCGACGUGUGCGUGGUGACAGAGGUCCUGCAGACGCAGGAGGAGGUGACCGUCAGCCAGACCCAGAAGCACGAGGGAUCCGGCCAGUUUGCGCUGCUUGGAGCCUUAUCUUUCCAGGGCCAAGGCCAGGGCCGCCGGAGCCGUAAGAAGAAGGUCAGCAUCCCCGCGGGCACCGUCCUGGCCUUCCAAGUGGCCCAGCUGCUCGUUGACCCUGACUGGGAUGUCCUCCUCUACUGGGACAAGAAGGGCAAGAGGCCGAAGACCUUCAUGCCGCCCAGUGAAGACCGCAAGCUGGUUUUUGAAAGCCCCACAAGUGAACACUUUUACUCCGGACGCGAAGAGUUACAGUCAGACGGGUUUGCUGAGGUCGGUCCUGCGUUCAAGGGAGACUUCCAGGACCUGCAGGCAGAGGUGUGGGCCCACGUCCGGGCCCUCCGGUGCUUGUCCCGGGAACUGUGCGGGCAGCUGCUGGCGGGCUUGGCGCAGGUGCUGCGGGAAGAGCGGGCCCUGCAAACUCUGGAGGACGAGCUGGAGCAGGGCCUGAGCUGUGGGGUGGUGCCCACCCUGGAAGGUCCAGCGGGCGCCGUCCUGGAGUGCCUGGUGAACAGCUCCGGGGAGCUAGAAGGGCAGCUGGCGCGCCCUGUCCUCUACCUGGUGGAAGCACUGGCCGUGCUGACUGAGACCCAGCAUGCGGUGCUCGGGAAGAUGCUGGAGACCGGAGAGCUUUCUGGGCGGUUGGACCUGCAGGUGGGGAGCGUCUUGGAGCAGAGCAGUCCCUGGCAGCAGUGUAGGGGCGUGUCCCUGCCACCAGAGGUCCUGGGGAGCAGCUGGGACCCAGAGACACCUGCCUGGGUCCUGCUGGAGGAAUGCGGGCUGGAGGUGCAGGCGGACGCCCCCCAGGUGCGCUGGGAGCCACAGGCCCAGGAACGCACCUGCGCUCUCUUCGCCUGCCUGCUCCUGCUGCUGGGACUGAGCCCGGACAGCUGCUGGGGCUGAGCCCCUCUCUGGCUCCCCCAGGCAGCUGCAGGGACACGGGGGUGGGACACAGCUUGAGCCCACCCCUGCACCCCAGACAGCCUGUGGCCCGUUCGUCCCGGGGCCGGGCGUUGGGAGAGUCAAUAAAUGUGGUGUACGAGGGA